AUGGUCUUUUUUAGUGAAGCCGAAGCAAAUCUAAUUCGUUUGGUUUUUGGUCAAUAUUUAAAUGAAGCAAAUAAGAAGCUUGAUCAACUUUGUGUCAAUAGUGACCAACACAAAAAUAUUCGCUUGAAUUGUGAUGAAAAUAAUGCUUGUGAACUGAAUUUAUUCAAUGAAAAACAACGUCAGAAACAGUUGCGUGAAGCAAUUGAUCUAGAAGGACAAGCAUAUCAAUCAAGUUGUCCACAUCACCACUAA